AGCACUACUACUGACAUUGUGAUUACAAACUUAAAUCGAGAAAGAAAUGUUCAUCAAAGGCAUUCUUCUGCUGUUGGCAGUCAUUUCCUUAUCCACAGGACGACUCCUUCCCGAACCGGAAACGCGUAUUAUUGGCGGAAAAGAUGUGGACAUCGAAAGUGCACCUUGGCAAGUGUCCUUGCGUUCUUUUGGAGGACAUAUCUGUGGCGGAUCAAUUUAUAACGAAAGCAUUAUCAUUACUGCUGCCCAUUGUUUUUUUAACGAUGAUGGCACAUUACAACAGGCCAAGGACCUUACGGUUCUUGCAGGAUCCGCAGACAAGCAAUCAAGUGCAACUAUUGUGAAAGUGGCUAAAAUUAAGCCUCAUGAGAAUUAUAUCUCUUCCUCAAAGGGCUACGACAUCGGCAUACUUAAAUUAAGUGAACCACUUGACCUAACAACAAACAAAAUCCAAAAGAUUGCUUUGGCAGAGAAAGAUCCUGCUCCUGGAAAAAAAGGCCGGGUGACAGGCUGGGGAUAUGUAAAAAAAGCCCUGGUGUCUGAUCAUCAGGGAGAAUUAUAUACGACGUACAGUCCUUUUCACCUUCACGCCGUUGAUAUAAAGAUUCAACAGCUGGGCGUUUGUAAAAAAGGGUUUUACGAAGUACCAAAUAAUUUAUUUAUCUGUGCUGGAUCCGAUGGAUCAACGACAUGCGAAGGAGAUUCCGGUGGACCGUUGGUAGUCGACAACAAAUUAGCGGGAAUUGUGUCAUUUGGUUACGUAUUUUGCACAAGUUUAACCGUUUAUACAAGUGCUUACCAGUUAAGUGAAUGGAUUCGAACCAAUGCGGCCUCGAUUUGAAUAUGCAUCAUAAAAGUUCAUUAAAACUUUUAUCAACGUAGCAAAAAAAAAAGGC